AUGCCUUCUAAACCCCAACAACCUCCCAAAAACAAAAACAAGGUCAAGGACACUCCCACUACUACAACUUCUACGAAACCUACCCCUCCAAACUGGCCCCCCCUCAAACCUCUUCUCCCCUCUUCUACCCUCUCCCUCACGCCUCUCCUCCCCAAUUAUCAAAUCCUUACCAUCUCCCACUUCUGGACGUCAACGCUCUGUAAAGCUUAUAUUUCUUUUCUGUCAUCUUCUUCUUCCAACCUCACAUUCACAACGACGCCUUCUAAGCCGAAAAAAGGGGAAGCGGUGCGCGUGAACGAUCGGUUGCAAGUUGAUGAUGCGGGGUUUGCGGAGAGGUUGUGGUCGGGAACGGGGUUGAAGGGGCUCGUGAUGGGGGAUAAUGGAUUUGAGGGGGAUGGGGAUGAGGAGAAGGAGAAGGACCGGGGACUGUGGGGGGGAGAGGUGUUGGGAUUGAGUUCGAAUAUUCGGGUAUAUCGAUAUGGGAAGGGACAAUUCUUUGGGAGGCAUUAUGAUGAAAGUAAUCACAUCAUGUUCCCAUCCGAUGACGCUCCGGAUGCUGUUCCCGCCAAGACGACGUGGACAUUUCUGCUCUAUCUCACUUCGCCAGCGACGGGUUGUCAAGGUGGCGAAACGGUGUUCUAUCCGGAAGCGGUGAGUAAGCGGGAAGCUGCACCUGCACCGGUGGUUGUCAACUUGGAAGUCGGAAUGGCGUUGCUGCAUCGACAUGGAAAGGAAUGUAUGUUGCAUGAGGGGAAAGAGGUGACGGAGGGCGAGAAAUGGGUGAUUCGAAGCGAUGUUUGUGUCAAGCGUUGAGAGGGGGUUGUUUGUUUGUUUGUGAACCUGCACUCUUCAGACUACUGCGGUGCGGGCGAGGAUGUGAUGGGAAGUGCAUCCAGGGAUGUCUACGAGAAGACAUGUCAGCUGCUGGAGAAGAGUUGCCGUUGGAGCAAUGGAGAGAGAGCAAGG